CACCGCAAGGGGCGCGUCUAUCGCGAGAAAUAACCCAAAACAGACAGAGAGCGGAAUAGAAAAAAAUGAGUCUGUCUCUUUCAUUUAUGUUUACAAACAGCAAAACUAGCGCCGCCCUGGUGGGUUGCUACCGAAUCAUUUUACAACGUUGUUGCAAAGGUUGCUGCAUCGUUGCCUCAGAGUUGCAAAAAAUGUCUAACAUGGCCGACGGCAUAAAAAAGUUGAUUUUUAUUUCAUUAUUCCGAGCAAUUGGGAGCCCAAAAUGAUGUGGGAAGGCUUUCUUAGGGAUAGUUGGGUGCAUUACUUGUGUUUAAAUAAUUAAUUAAAAAAAAUUAAAUUUUUGACCCCUAAAAAAAAUUAUUUUUUGGUUAAAAAAAUUAAGAAAAUUGAGAUGGGAGCAUCAUUUAAGUUCCUUUGAGGCGAUUUCAUGACGGUAGAACCGCAUGGCAUAUUUUUUUUCAUUUGGAAAAAAUCUAAAAACUCUAUUAUUAAAUAAUAUAAAUUAUCCAUUAGAGUUUGUCAUUUAUUAUGAUGGGAAUAUGGACGCCAUAUGAUUAUUAUGAGUGUGUACCAUAUUUCCCUCCAUUUAUGACAGCGGAAUGUUUUGAAAUAUUUUUUGAAACAUUUUUGUUUCAAAAAAUGUUAGUUGCGAGACGGUAUACGGGAAAGGAUAUUUCAGAGUUUUGCAACGUUGAGAUUACUAGUUGCGGCAACGCAGAUAUCUAUUGACCAUCUACUUCGAGGCAACGCAGAUAUAUACCGUUAGGCGUAGUUGCAUUGUAGUAAAUGUAACUCCGCGCAACGUUUAGGCAACUAUCAAUGGUUUGUUGGGUACAAAUCUCUCCACGCCAUUCAUUGUUAAAUAUAUGUGUUUUAGAAUAGCUCAUUCUUCAAUAAAGGAGUAUAUUCGUUUCUGUAUGGAAAACUCCCUCAUUCAAGGAAACAUAUCUGAUCAAAAUGUAUCUAAUAGAUUUUUAAAUGCACCAGCAAGUUGUAUUACAUGACAAUACCAUCUAAUCAACCUUCCAAAAAUUAAAAGAAAAAAAUGUAUUUCGCCGCACAGCAGGAAAUUUGUGUAAAGUAUAUGUUCAAUCUCAUCUCUUGAAGCUUCCGGUCAAUUUGUGCUGAACUGAGAAUCUCCGUGCUUAAAGCAUAAAGUCGCGAGAAGCGUGAAUUUCUCUGUGAUUCCCUUGGAGCUCCAUUGGCUCUGCGCAAAUUGAAGAUGAUGCUGCAAGUCUUCUCUAUAAUGCGGCGGAUGAUCAAGAAGGGGCGCAAGGCGGCCAAUCCGAAGGAGAUAGGUGAGUGUUCUACAGCGGCCUCGUAGGUGAGGGGGCAAGUGGGAAACCUGUUUCAAGUGAUUCGCGACGCCAAGAGAAUCUGCAAUGGAGCACAAGAGGGAUCCACAGAGUCACCGCUGCCAUGGUAUUCAUAGAGAUACCACAAGAAGCGCUUUAUUGUAUAUGCUGGCUCUAUAUGUUGCUGUGCUAAGGUGCCCAAGAUGCAUGGAUUUUAGAAGAUGUAUGCAGUCACUUUGUCUUUUCUCUCUUCCCAUAUUAAAUCUUCGGUUUAUACAAGCGAACUCUUUAUGUUCUCUUUCUCUCGCAUUCUCAUCUCACAUUGAGGCAAUCGCUGUUGGUGAAGCAAGAAGAUUUCUUCGCCAUUUCUCUGCACGAGAGCUGGCGAGCUGGAUACUUUUUGGGUGGGAUGGCAACCAAAAUUGGCGUCUUCGUUGGCGUAUUGCUUUUUAAUGGCAGUUUCAGGAUUCAACCACGCAUUUUAUCACCCACCAACACGCACUCGUGAGAACGAAAAGAAUACACUUUUCGCUCGCGCCAAACAUUCCCCCUUGCCUAGAAGACAAAGCCAGCAAAUUAUGUAUGUAUAUGUAUGUAGCAUAAGAAUUAUUAUUGCAAUAGCAAAAUUCUCAAACAUAUUAAUUAAAAAUUUGUAAAAUUAGAAAAAAAUCUAUUCUAAAUUCUAAAUCCAUAUGGUAUAUCACCUAGAAUGGCUAAUAAAUUUAAUUUUUAGUGCUGGAGGAUUUAUGUUUAAAUGUCCGGAUGAGAUUUUUUUUUGGUAAAAAGACAAUAAAGUCGAAUUUCCAUGCAUUGAGAAUAAAAUUUAAAAGUGUGAAUUUUAUGGAUUUUUUUUAAUACAUCUUUCCAUCUUUUCUCGUUAUAGGGGCACUAUAUACCUACAAAUACCAACAGUUGGAAAGACGGAGAGUGCGGAAGGUGCGAGGAUGGGGCUGUCGAAGUAUUUUGUGGUCUCUCUGAUGACUGUACACCAAAUGAAGUGACCGCCGAAGCGUAUAGGAGCACUCCAACAAAUUCGUUUCACCUGAGCAUGACGUCAUUCGGUUAAGUCUUUCGCGGCGCGAAAUCAAAUCCCAUCCGCGAGUCAGUAGAGUACAGCACUCUGAAGUGGAAGCACGUACGUGGAAUUUUUCGUGCUUGCUGGUGUCACUGCCGUGUGAGAUUGAGAGACUUUUCCGUGGGUUAUGUGAGACGUUGUGGGCUUUAUUCCAUCACCUGUGUAUCUGUAUUGUGUGUGUCUUACGAAUUUGGACUGUCCAGUACUUUAUUUUUUUUUGUAUGGUAUAGCAUUGCUGUGUGCUACCAAGUAGUCAAAAAUACCCGCGCGGUAGAAGGCCAAAAAGUGUUGUUUUCGAUGCGUUGCACACAGUGAAGAGAAAAGUUCGAGGUGCUUUUCAUAUAUACAUACCUAUAUGUGAAUGUUAUGUGGUGAUACCUCCUUGGCAAAUAACACAACGGAGGAGUUUCCAAUCCGAAAAAGCAAGAAAUAUUGAAACAGCUUCAGCGAAGAGGCCGAGUGCGGAUUUUAUUUGAGAUCAUCAAUGACACUUUUGUAAAAGCCAGCUGUAUAAAGAUGUAUCGCUCCGUGGCAAUUUACUGCAUCCUCCUUGGCGUGAGCUGCAGCUGGAUCACGACUUUGGCCCAGUCAAAUUAUGCAUCGCAUGCAAAUAACGUGGAGUACCAGGGCGAAGGACUGCCCGAGGAAGCCACACUGGACGGAAAGGUAACCAAAUUGGACGAUCUCAGCCCGAUAAUAUUCCUCAAUCGAACCAAAGCUGCCCUCAAUUGUGGUGCAGGAUCAAUGCAAGUCGAUCUCAAGUUCAAUGAAAAAUUCUACGGAAUUGCGUAUGCAGACUUCGAUAGGAAUAGCGCAUGCCAAAUCCUCGGAAAGGGUGAUCUGAGCUAUAAACUUGAGCUACCUCUUAAGGGGUGCGGGACCAAACAGGAACCCCAGCGGGUCUUUACAAAUAAUAUCGUUGUGAGAUUCCAUCCCGGCUUAGAGAUGGACGGUGAUGAAAUUAUUACCAUCGUUUGCCGAUAUCCCCCUCCAGUGGCGCCAAUUCCCGCAGGACUACCUGCCCCAAUUUUGAAUGACGUUGUUCCCGCCUCUGUUGUGGAAGCACCACUGAAAGGGAUUCAAAUUCUAUUAAUUAUAUGCGCUAUAAUGUUCCUCACGCUCCUUCUUCUUGGACUCGGUGUCUCCUACUACUGCCUCCGUAGGCGCCCAGUUACAGUGGUCCGUCGUCUACCAAUGUCAAUGGGUAGUGGGUCAGAGAUUACAAAACUCAGUGGUAGCAGUUUGGGUAAUAUUAGUGCAUUCGAGGGUCUCAAGAUACCCCGAGCACAUGCUCCAUUGGCUGCUGUGCACAGUUCCUCCGGUAGCGAUGGACCCCUUAUUUCUGACACCAUCCCAUCUGACUAUCCAAGUGAGAGUCAUUCGGAAAUUGAAGAAGUUGACACACGAUCACUGCCAGUUAGUUCCACGGGUAGCUUUGAGAAUCGCGCCUUUGUUCAGGACAACUCUAGCAUUUAUAGUGAACACUACGGGCACACUCAGGAGUUCCAGGCAGCCAAUGCUGUUGCUCAAGCUUCAAUGGUGCCACGUCUACCACUUGCAGUCAAGGAAUCCUCACCUAAAUUUGAUGUUCAAGUUCGCGUGAAGCGAGCUGCUCCUCCUCCACCGGCUUCCCUUUCUUCAGAUACCGACAGCGUGGCCAAUAGUCGCAUUGAACGCAAUAAUCUCUCAACAAUUAUGGAGAGUCAUGAAGAUCGCGAUAGUAUCCUCACCAUUGACUCCAUGCCACAGGAUGUAGCUCACAGUCAAUUCACCUAUGUCCCAGAACUUCAUCCUGCUCCACGACACGUUCAGGCACCGCCUGUAUUCUCGCGUAUAGUACGCAAACAGCAAGAAAUGAUUCAACGCCAGGAACGUCAGUGGCCAGAAGAUAUUGUGGAUGCCCCACCGUCAAUUCCUGAUACGCGUAGUAUUGCUUCAUUGGGCACGGAAAUGACAGAUACCCAUUCAAUUGGUGAAAUGAUUGAUUCAUCGCAUCUCUAUCCCAUCAGCAGCUACAGAUCCUCAAUUCAUAUGGAGAAUACCGAAGCAAUGCCUGAGCCGCCAAUUCAUGUGAUGCGUAAACCAGAAAUAACUUCACAUGUUGUGGAUGAUGUCUUCUUGCGUACCAUCACAGAGAAGAAGACAAUUGAAGAUAUUGAGAAGUAUAAGCGAAAGGUAACAGAGUAUGCUUCCGCGAAACCCAUUCCCGAUCCUACAUGGGAUGUUACCAUACGCAAAUAUGCCACUGACGAGCAUCAGCAGCCACAAUGGGAAGACUUUUCUGAUCGUUCAUCGAGUAUUUCAGGUGUUCCCCUAACACCACAGAUGGAGCGUGCACCACUUGUCAAUGUGCCACCAAUGCCGUACUUGGAUGAAUCAGGAGAGAAACUCCGAAGCCCGGAACUAGUCGGAAAUAUGAAGCCAAUUGAAUUGCCACCCGAGGAUAAGAGUGUUCCAAAUUGGGAUGUUCUCAUUCGAAUUCUCGAACCGGAAAUUUCAGAAAUUGACGAUCGUACAUCCACAGAAUCCCCGGUCAGCUUCUUAACGCGCCAGUUGAGCUAUGAAGAUAAAACCAAGUGGAAGGAGAUAAUUACAACAGAGUCCACUUUGCGCACAAUGCUGACAGAAGCCGUGGUGAAGGAGGACUUUGAGCGUAUUCGUAGUGAUGCUCGCUAUGAGAGUCUCUUUGAACCCCAAUCAUGGGAUGUGAUUAUCCGUAUUCUGGCACCACCUGAGGAAGAUGUGGAACUCCGCAAUGCGAGAAAGUUCAAGAAGAAGGAAGCAUGGGAUACCCGAUCACGACGCAGUUCCUUGCCGACCCUUUACGAAUACGACAGCGACGGUGGAUCAUCAGUGAGGACAAUUAGUCAAGAUCCGAGUCAACCUAUUUCAAUUCAACUGCAACAGCACCGUUCUCGACGAACGUCCCGCUCUUCGUCCACAUACAGAUCCGACAAUGUGGAUAUGCGAUCCAUGUCCGAGGUAACCGUUGACUUUGGACGUCCAGAUCAUCUGGAUAAUACAUCAGAUGCCAGCAGCCACUACCCCAAUCGAUACUACGAGGAUGAUCCCUACGAUCGACGCUCUCUGCAGCGGUCACUUAGUCAACCUAGUCUUGCACGAUCUGCUAGUGAAUUCACAGAACGCUGGGUGGCUCCCGAUACAGGAUCCGAUAUGUCCUCGCCCGAUCAAACGCCAAAAGUGCGACGAUCAAGACGACUCAUGACAACAUUCCAACAACUUCCAAGUACAAGCGGAAGUAGUCAACAGGAACAUGUUGUGGCACAAUCCCAGUAUGUAGAGCAGAGAACCAGCUACCAAGCUUCAGGUUCAGUGGCUCCACAGGAUUGGUAUGGAGAUCAGGGCAGGAUGUAGGAGAGCUGAUGUGCCCAACCCAUUUCCAACGAUCAAUACUAAAAAUUAUUACUUGUAGUAUUAAUAAUUUUAUCAAUGUGCCAACAAAAUACUUUUGUUAAUUUUAUGUCACUCUCUGUAACUCUGUUAUCUCAAUUCUAAUCCAAUCAAUGCCGAAACUUGGAACUUCUAUCUGCCUACAAUUUAUUUUCGAGCGAGUCUUUCGUUUUUUUUUUCAAUUUCACGAAAUAAUAUUAAAUGAAACACCUCUUUAAAUGUUAUAAUUUUAAAUUAACUCACUCCUGUGAUAGGAUUUUAAUGGCGUUGUGACUGUAAAAUUAAUUGAUUAUACUAUUUUCUUUAAUAAAUCAAGAGAAGAGAUAAUCUUAUGCCAAUAAUUAUGUACAGUUGAAUUCAAAACAGUCACAAUGAAUUUUUAGUAAUUUGUACUUAAAAUCUCUUCUCUUUUCUUUAGGAAUCCUUAACAUUAGAAAACGACUCGAGAAAACCUGAACUUUCAUGUUAUUUUUCACUCAUUUCAUGUUCAAGCAUAAAAAUAUAAGUAUGUAGGAUGUGAAAUAAUUGAAAAAUUAUGUCAAAAUCAUUAUUUUUCUCUCAAAUAUCUAGCGCCACUUGCACUAAAGCACUGUUGAUCAAAUUAAUCACUAGAAUUCACAUAAAUGGGAUCGAUCAGCAAGUUUUUUGGUUCAUUUGGCAAAAGUAUCAAUUUUUCAACUUGCAAAAAAUUAAAGAUUUAUACAUAAAUCGUAUGAUCUUCUUGAUUCUAAAAAAAAUAACGAUUAGGUGGAGGGACGCAAAUGCAAUUUUAGGAAAUUCUCUUAUAUUUUUUGUCUCUCACCUUGAGACGUGAUUUUCAACACGAAUAUCAUUUCCGUACUAAAAACAUUCCAUUUUUUUAUAUUCGUAUGGGAAAUAUUUUAUCUGAAUCCAAUUCUGUAACUAAUCAUCAACGUAAUUUUAAUUUAAAAUAUAUAUAUUUUUUUAGAAAAAUAAUCUCAUUAAUUUUAGCAAAUAAGUGAUAAAAUUUUCCAGGAAAAAAAAGUCGCAUCAAGGAAAAUUCUGUAAUAACUCAUAGUUUUAAUAAGAAAUAAAAAAAAGAAAAUAUUGUAUUACACCAAUUUAUUGGCAAGUAUAAUUAAAAAAAAAAUAAUAAAUGCUUCUACAAAA